AUGGAGGUGCGGGGCGGCCGGAGCGGAGCCCCGGAGGGUGAGCUGGGGGGGUGGGGUGGGCGAGUAGGUUCUUCGGCCCCCGUUUCCCAGAAGGAGCCUAAGAAGGGGGCGAGGCAGCUGCGGGGAGGGUGGGAGCGGAGUGGAGCCUCCAUGUGCAAGGGCAGGGUACCUGCGGAGGGCGAAGAGCAGAGGGGGCCUGUGGUCCUGAUGCCAAAGGGCCUGCAAGGUCUCCCUGAUGUUUAGUCGUGUCCGACUCUUCGUGACCCCCUGGACCAGAGCACGCCAGGCACUCCUGUCUUCCACUGCCUCCCGCAGUUUGGUCAAACUCAUGCUGCUCGCUUCGAGAACACUGUCCAACCAUCUCGUCCUCUGUCGUCCCCUUCUCCUUGUGCCCUCCACCUUUCCCAACAUCAGGGUCUUUUCCAGGGAGUCUUCUCUUCUCCUGAGGUGGCCAAAGUCUUGGAGCCUCAGCUUCACGAUCUGUCCUUCCAGUGAGCACUCAGGGCUGAUUUCCUUCAGAAUGGAGAGGUUUGAUCUUCUUGCAGUCCAUGGGACUCUCAAGAGUCUCCUCCAGCACCAGAAUUCAAAAGCAUCCAUUCUUCGGCGAUCAGCCUUCUUCAUGGUCCAGCUCUCACUUCCAUACAUCACUACUGGGAAAACCAUAGCUUUAACUAUACGGACCUUUGUUGGCAAGGUGAUGUCUCUGCUUUUUAAGAUGCUGUCUAGGUUUGUCAUUGCUUUUCUCCCAAGAAGCAGGCAUCUUUUAAUUUCCUGACUGCUGUCACCAUCUGCAGUGAUCAUGGAGCCCAAGAAAGGAAAAUCUCUCACUGCCUCCAUUUCUUCCCCUUCUAUUUGCCAGGAGGUGAUGGGACCAGUGGCCAUGAUCUUAGUUUUUUUGAUGCUGAGCUUCAGACCAUAUUUUGCGCUCUCUUUCAACCUCAUUAUAAGAUUCUUUAAUUCCUCCUCACUUUCUGCCGUCAAGGUUGUGUCAUCUGCAUAUCUGAGGUUGUUGAUAUUUCUUCCGGCAAUCUUAAUUCCGGCUUGGGAUUCAUCCAGCCCAUCGCAUGAUGAAUUCAGCAUAUAAGUUAAAUAAGCAGGGAGACAAUAUACAGCCUUGUCGUACUCCUUUCCCAAUUUUGAAUCCAUCAGUUGUUCCAUAUCCAGUACUAACUGUAGCUUCUUGUCCCACAUAGAGAUUUCUCAGGAGACAGAUGAGGUGAUCAGGCACUCCCAUUUCUUUAAGAACUUGCCAUAAUAGUAAAAGGUAAAGGGACCCCUGACCAUUAGGUCCAGUCGUGGCCGACUCUGGGGUUGCGGCGCUCAUCUCGCUUUAUUGGCCGAGGGAGCCGGCGUCCAGCUUCCGGGUCAUGUGGCCAGCAGGACUAAGCUGCUUCUGGCGAACCAGAGCAGCGCACGGAAACACCGUUUACCUUCCCACCAGAGUGGUACCUAUUUAUCUACAGUGGUACCUCAGGUUAAGUACUUAAUUCGUUCUGGAGGUCCGUUCUUAACCUGAAACUGUUCUUAACCUGAAGCACCACUUUAGCUAAUGGGGCCUCCUGCUGCUGCCACACCACUGGAGCACGAUUUCUGUUCUCAUCCUGAAGCAAACUUCUUAACCUGAAGCACUAUUUCUGGGUUAGCAGAGUCUGUAACCUGAAGCGUAUGUAACCUGAAGCGUAUAUAACAUGAGGUACCACUGUACUUGCACUUUGACGUGCUUCCGAACUGCUAGGUUGGCAGGAGCAGGGACCGAGCAACGGGAGCUCACCCCGUCACGGGGAUUCAAACCGCCGACCUUCUAAUCGGCAAGUCCUAGGCUCUGCGGUUUAACCCACAGCGCCACCUACGUCCCUUAAUUGCCAUAAUACUGGGGGCUAUUUACUGACCUCUCCAAUCUCUCCCUCCCCACCAGGACCAUUGCGUUUUGAGUGCCCGGAGGAGUUCGCUGCCAGCCCGUUUGCCCCGGGGCCGCCCCUCAGCCCUGAGUCGCUCCGGAGCCCCUCAAAGCAGCUGGUGCUGAUCAGAGCCCCCGCUAACUUCAGCCCUGAGAGGUAGGCAUGUUUGUGUGCAUGUGAGCAUGAGCGAGCUCAGGAAGCCUCAGGUCCCCUUUCUGCAACCUGGUGCCCUGCAGGCGUGUUGGACUACAGCUCCCAUCAGCCUCAGCGUCACAGGGCCACACUGGUUUCAGCCAAGGGGAGUUGUUGUCCUGUAGACCAGGUUGGAGAAAGCUGCCUUAAGAUGGGGGUAUUAUUAUUGUUAAUUGCAUUUAUUAUUCACCUUUUUUUGCUGCUCAAAAGCAACUUGCCGUAUUUCAAGCAAUCACAUAUAUACCUUAAAACCAACUUUUGAAAAAAUCUAAAAGACAAUGAUGUAAUUUAUUUAGAGUGGUACCUUGGUUCUCGAACUUAAUCCUUUCAAGAAGUCCGUUCGACUCCCAAAACCGUUUGAAAACCUUCCAAAAAAUGUUUGCAAACUGGAACACUUAUGGCGUUUGGGAGCUGAUUUGUUCAGCAACUAAGCCGUUCAGGAACCAAGGUUUGACCGUAUUUAUUUUACACUAAAGCGUCCCAUCCAUGCAAAAAGGCCAUAGAGACUUAAAAGUCAAAGGCCUGGUUAAAAAGGAAUGUUUUUUCUGGUGCCUGCCAGAAGAUAUGGAGUGAUGAUGCCAGGAGAGCAUCUUGUGAGGAGCCACUACUGAAAGGGCCCCGUUCUCGUGUCACCACCCUGUGGACCUUUCAUUGAGGGGGAACACAAAGAAAGGCCUUGAAUGAUGGUUGCGGGGUCCAGGCUGGUUCACAUGGGGAGAGGUGGUCCUUGAGGCAUUGGGGUCCUGAGCUGUGUACGCCUUUGUAGGUCAAAACCAGCAGUACCCCCCCCCCAUCGCUCUUUUCCUUGGGGAGGAGUGGGGACAGUCCGCGAACGAGUGUGCAGGGUCAGGUCUGGUUGUUCCCAGGUUCUGCAAAUACAGCGUUCGCUUGUGCAACCAACAUCCUGUAAAAUAAUCCAUUUUAAAAGCUUUGUUGCUUCUGUGUGGAAAUGAAUCUGUGUCCUCUUCCAUGGCUAACUCUCUCACAUGUUCCUUGGUUCCUGCCCCGCAGCCUCGAAGGCCACGCCGUACCCCUCGUGGGCUUCCAGAUUCUGAAGGCGCCGCAGUCGGACGCGACCCAGAAGGUCUACCACGUCCAAGCGACUCCAGGGGACCGGGGCAGCAGUGCCCGCCUGCUCGUCCCGUCGGGCCACUUGGACCUCCUCACCUGCGCACCCCCUUUCAGCAGCUCCCUGACUUUUUGCGAGAGGUAUGGAGACCCCAGUGCCAACCAGCCCCUCUUCCCUGUGGCAGCCAGACCAGCCCCCCAGAUCCCCGAAGGCCUCAAGCAGCGCUUCCUGCCUUUUGGGGGCUGUCCGAAGCGGCCCCCUCCCGUGCAGGAAGCUGCCGAGGAGCACCCCCGGAAGAAGAAGAAAAAGAAGCGGACCCUCGAGAGGGUGGCAGACCCCCAGGAGCACCCCCUGGUGAAGCAAGAGGAGUCCCGGGAGAGUCGAGGUCUGGAGGCAAUUUCCGAAGGGCUGGUGGUACGAGAGGAGAUAGCCCCCGAGGAAGGGGCUGGGGAGGAGGAGCGCAGGAGCAAGAAGAGGAAGAAGGAGAAGAGGAAAGAAGAGGAGGAGGAGAGGGUGGUGGCACCCGGGGAGGCUGAGCCCAGGUCCCAGGCAGGGGGGAAGGCUGCACACAAGCAUAAGAAGAAACGGAGGCAUGAAGAGGAGGCAGCUUCGGUGCCAACGGCCUUGGUGGUCCCUGCCUGCCUCGAGACUGAGCCAGGGAGGGAGCUGAGCAGCCUGGGGGGCAGCCCCCAGGCCUGCCUGGCACAAGUCAAAGAGGAGCCUGAGCUUAGCCCUCCCAAGAAGAAGAAAAAGAAGAAGAGGGAGAAAGCCGAGGAGGAACGGGGGACAGCGUCGCUGGAGCCCAGCUCUGUGAAGCAGGAGCUGGAGGGUUGGGGGGAGCUGGAGGCCCCCUCUGGGCCACCCGGAGAAGGAGGAGAGGGGCAGUGGGAAGGGGAGUCCUCUGAGCCCAGAGCGGAGGAGCUCAGCCAGAAGCAUCACAAAAAGAAAAAGAAGAAGCACAAGAGGGAGGAGGAAGCGUCAUGGAAGGAGGAGCCGGCGAGCGAGCAGGAAUGA